AUGGAGAAGAGCCCCCAAGAACACGUUACUACAGUGACCUUGGUAGAAAGCAGUUCGAACCCUUCAGGGCUCCAGCUGGUCAGCACCUAUCAUACCAAUCGUGUAGGAGACCCUUCCAACCUUGUGGAAUUGGCCCAGCAGGUGCAGAAGGUAUUGGAAGAUGCCAAGAGAGAUGCAGAUUUACACCAUGCAGCUUGUAAUGUGGUAAAGAAACCUGGAAAUAUCUAUUACUUGUAUAAACGAGAAAGUGGGCAGAGGUACUUUUCCAUUCUCUCACCAAAGGAAUGGGGAAAGAGCUGUCCACAUGAAUUCAUUGCUGCAUACAAGCUUCAGCAUGACAUGUCCUGGACGCCCUUUGAGGAAAUCGGAAAGCGGGAUGUAGAAAUUAAUAUAAUUGAUAAACUAUUAAAUGAUCAGAUUGCACUUCCAUCAUCAGCAGAACCCAACUUUAGAGGACUCACUAAUUAA